AUGGCUACCCUCUAUACCACAGAGAUCACUGACGACCUCCUAUGUUGGCUCAGUGAUGACUACAACUUUGAGACUAUACUACGGCUCAUCAACAUCCCUGCUCAGGCAUCAAUUCGUCGCGUGGGCGACGCUACCUUGAGGGCGAUGCGAUUGAUGAGUCGGUUAUUCAACCUCUACGCUGUGGCUCAUUUUGAAGGUUUGCAGAGUCAGUGGUGGCAACAAGUGACUAUUCACCAUGACCCUCACGGUAAGCCUCAUGCCGUGGUUGAUGGCAAAGUGGUGUUUUUCAAUAAUCUGAGCAGUAACCGGCACCUAGCGGUGGUGGUGAGUUCAGACCAUCAAGUGGGCGUCGACCUUAGCCAUGCUCAGCAAAAUAUCGAUCCUGAUAGUGUCGUUGAUCAAUUUGCUCCCAUAUUCUCCGCUGAAGAACAAAACACCAUUACUAGCCUGCCUGACGUCUACUUAGCAUUUAACCAUUUCUGGACACUAAAGGAGGCUUACACCAAGUACGCAGGGACGGGGCUCCACGCAACCAACCUCGCCGAGCUUGCCUUCACCAUAACCACGCCGUUAUCCGCUAGCCAUCACCUACUUGCUGAUGAAAAGUGGCUUGCGGCUACCGGUCCCGAACCAGCGAUAUCGCUGGUAUUGGCACCACCAACUUCUAGUCUGCUUGCAGUGAUCGUGCUGGUGGUCGGAGUGACGACGGUUGGCUGGAACCCGGUAAACUUUGCCGCCGUGAUCACCGCUGGUGGACGAUAA